GUGCCGGAGACGAUCAAAGCUAUCGGUAUGUCCUUUGAAGUAUCCAAAAGUCUCACGCCGUCUCAAAGGGAAGACAAGGCCCUCGUGGUCGAGCCAAUGCCUGGCAUGGUGUGUUCGCGCUUCGCCCAUCCCAUUGAGCGAGUAGGCUCGUACGUGCCUGGUGGAACAGCUGUACUCUCUUCGACUGCUCUAAUGCUUGGGGCGCCUGCAAUGGUUAUGAUUACAACACCACUUCGAGCUAAUGGCUCCGUCGCAUCAGGACUUGGGUACGCUGCCCAUACUGUC